AUGAAUCCCAUGGGUCGGCCUAUUCGCAUCGCAGGCGCUUCGGGCUCUGCCUCGGAUCGCCGCCAUGCCAUCAGCGAUUUUGCGAGGCACUAUCCCACAGAUCCUGUCGAUGUGAUCGUCGCAGACUUUAUGAGUGAAUUCAACAUGGCCACCGCUGCUGGACGGCGAGUAGACAGUCAAACAAGUACUCCCUCGGUCAGAACUCUACCGGCCUAUGAGAUUUCAUUCCUGCAGGCGUUAGAGCCUGCCCUGGAUGACUUGGCAAAGUAUGGGAUCAAAUUAGCCGUGAAUGCUGGAGUCACCGACACCAAGGGUCUCCAUAACGCUGUCUUGAAGAUGGUGGAAGCAAAGAGAUUGGAUCUCAAGAUUGCAUUGGUCUGUGGUGACGAGGUACUGCCAGCCGUCCGAAGCGCGUUGGUGCAGGGAAAGUCGGAAUUUCGCAACGUCUACACUGGGGAAAGGCUUAUCGACUGGCCCUUUGAGCCAAUAUACGCGCAAUGCUAUUUAGGCGGCCUGGGAAUUGCGGCGGCCUUCACGGAAGGGGCAGACAUUGUGCUUUGCGGCCGAGUCUCUGAUGCAUCCCCCGUCAUUGGUGCCGCAUAUUGGUAUCAUGGCUGGCAGCGCCAUGAACUCGACCGACUGGCCAAUGCACUCGUUGCGGGCCACUUGAUUGAAUGUAGCAACUAUGUGUGUGGGGGAAAUUUCACUGGAUUCAAGGACUUGGAGCACAGCAAUGCUAGUUGGGCCGACAUUGGUUAUCCCAUUGCCGAGAUAUCUGCAGAGGGUGAUGUGAUCAUCACCAAACAGGCUCAUGCUCUCGGGGGUGCAGUGACGGUUGAAACCUGCACAUCACAGCUCGUGUACGAAAUUCAAGGCCCCUGGUACUUCAACUCUGACGUGACCGCCAUUUUGGAUGGGAUUUUCUUUGAGCAUCGAGGUGUCAACCGGGUGGCUGUCCACGGAGUUCAAUCGGGUCCUCCACCCCCAACGACGAAAGUCGGCAUCACCGCACGCGGCGGAUAUCAGGCGGAGGUGUGGUGGUUCUUGACGGGAUUGGAUAUUGAGGCCAAAGCACGCAUGCUGGAGGCCCAGGUUCGCCAUCUGCUCGCUCCAUCCGCCAAACGGUUCACUUCUCUUCAAUUCGAUCUUUUGGGUUCCCCUUUGCCAGAUGCGCCAGACCAAAAUCGCGCUACGGUACCUCUUCGAAUUGUGGCGCAAGCCAGAGAGGUAGAAGACCUCGCGCCUUCGCGAUUUCUCAAGCCUAUUACCAACAACAUCAUGCAAAGUUACCCUGGAGCUACCUUUCAUCUGGAUAUGCGCCAGGGGCUCCCGCGCGCAAUCUUUGAAUACUACGUCACCUUGCUGCCUCAGACCGUCAUUCAACAUCGUGUGCAUCUUCCGUGGAAAUCCACGGCUGAAAGACAAGUCCUCGACGUGUCUCCUCCGCCGAUUACCAAGAAAUAUCCAACUCAGCAGCCUACACAAGCAGUCACGGAACAUGACGAGCCGGUCGAUCUGGUGAAUGAUUUCGGUCCAACUGUGCGUGGUCCAUUGGGAUGGAUCGUUCAUGGCCGCUCUGGAGACAAGGGAUCUGAUGCGAACUGCGGGUUCUGGGUCCGACGCCGAGACGAGUAUCUCUGGCUGCGGUCGUUACUCUCCGUCGACAUGGCGCGUCAACUCCUAGGACCCUCCGACCCUCGGCAGCCCGGUAUCGAAAUCGACCGGUUCGAGCUACCGGGUCUUCACGCCGUCCACUUUCUGUUCAAAAAUCACCUCGAUCGCGGAGUUGGUGCUACCAUGACGGUAGAUUUCUUAGGGAAGAAUGUCGCCGAAUAUCUGCGGAGUCGACACGUCGAUCUUCCUUUGCGGUUCCUCCACCGCGGUAAAUUAUAG